UUCAACCGAAUCUGGGUUAUUUCAUAAUAAUUGCUUUAUUUGCCAAUUAAAUUUAUUGCAUAAUUCAUACUCUUGAUCAUACGGCUUAUCAUUUUAUCUCUAGUUAUUUAUUUAAACCGAGAAGGUACCAGGCGUUGAAGUUGCAAAAAUGUUCGCCGCACGGAAAAUCGGCAGUCUAGUGCGGUCGGCGGGUGCGUCUCGUCAAAAGCACACCCUUCCCGAGCUACCAUAUGAAUACAGUGCUCUAGAGCCAGUCAUCAGCCGCGAGAUUAUGAGCUUACACCACAGCAAACAUCAUGCAACCUAUGUCAACAAUUUGAAUGCAGCUGAAGAGAAAUUGGCACAGGCUCAAGCUAAAGGUGAUAUUCAGACAGUAAUCAGUCUCGCUCCUGCCCUGAAGUUCAAUGGAGGUGGUCACAUUAACCAUGCUAUCUUCUGGCAGAACCUCUCCCCGAAGGGUGGUAAACCUUCUGAUGCUCUCGUCAAGGCUAUUGAGAAAGACUUUGGAUCCUUGGAAAACAUGAAAAAUCAACUAGCUGCGGCAUCUGUCGGAGUUCAGGGCUCUGGAUGGGGCUGGCUCGGAUACAACAAAAUGAUGAAGAAGUUGCAAAUUAGCACAUGCCAAAACCAGGAUCCUUUGGAACCUACUACUGGUCUUAUCCCACUUUUCGGAAUUGACGUAUGGGAGCAUGCUUACUAUCUUCAAUACAAGAACGUGCGCGCUGACUACGUCAAGGCUAUCUUCGACGUCGCUAACUGGGAAGACAUCUCGUCAAGAUACGAAAAAGCCAUGAAGUAAUCUCCCUCAUCUCAGCAUUUUAUGCGGGCCUUGUACAUGCAAAGGCUAAAAGAUUGAUCACUUAGUGAUACCACAUGCAUUGUUAAAAUAUAGUCUGCGAUUGUGAUGCCUUUAUAAGUUAUAAAAGCCUUUACAUUUUAUGUUAUUACCUAAUUAUAAUUUAGAACAAA